AUGGAUCACCUGACUGAGCUCUUCCAGGAGAUAUGGCGGCAAGGUGAAGUUCCGCAAGAUUUCAAAGACGUAACCAUCGUGCAUCUCUACAAGCGAAAAGGGAACCGCCAAGUCUGCAGCAAUCACGGUGGCAUCUCCUGGAUGAACAUCGCCGGGGAGAUCUUCGCUCGCAUCCUCCUCAAUCGUCUGAAUAAUCAUCUGGAACAGAUCCUUAUGCCGGAAAGCCAAUGCGGCUUCCGUCGUCAUCGCGGGACCACGGAUAUGAUCUUUUCCGCCCGCCAACUUCAGGAGAAGUGCCGGGAGAUGCGGACCCACCUGUGCUCUACCUACGUUGACCUGACGAAAGCCUUCGACACGGUGAAUCGUGAAGGACUGUGGAAGAUCAUGCAGCAAUUCGGCUGUCUGGAGCGAUUCAUUCAGAUGAUGCGUCAGCUGAACGACGGUAUGAUGGCGCGAGUCACGGACAACGGAGCUGUCUCAGAGGCAUUCGCAGUGACCAACGGAGUGUAG